CGGCGUUGUAUUGCACUGCUGGCGAGUCUGACGCGGCACUAUUGCCAACAAGUAUCUCUGACGGAGGUCCAUAUCAUGGGCUCCUACCCAACACGUUGCAGCUCCCCGAGUGACGAAAGUGAAUUCAGCAGUGAUACAGCUUCAGAACCUGAACGAAGUGAAGGGUGUUUCGUGGCAAAUGAUGAAGCGUGUUCGAGUAGUACAUCGAGCCAAGCAUCUCUGUCAGCUGUCUGUUCCGGUCUCAGCAGUGCAGUCAAACUGCAGUCCCAACAGGAGUUGGAAGCGAGUGUUCCCGAGGUGCCUGACAGCACAGCAUGCAGCUUGGACGCCUGGCGUGUCAGCAUUGAUGACUUGCCGGAUGAGAUACUGAUAAAAAUCUUUUCUCACAUGUCUUUCAGUGAGCUGAUGGAUGUGAUAAAGAAAGUGUGCACCCGGUGGGAGAGGCUGUCGCAAGAUGCAUAUUUGUGGUCUGACAAGACGUAUUUAAUAACAAGGGGGUGCGUUCUCAGUUCUGACUGUUGGAAGGCAGACAAGACUGAUCAGCAGGCAGUCCAGACUAUCAGCAAUUGCCCAAACCUCCGUAGUGUUUGCAUGUGGCGUGGUGCCAAAUCCCGUGUCUUCCGUGCACUCUACAACAGGUGCCACAGACUCUCUGAGCUGUACCUCCAUCCCAGACAGAAGCUCAGCUAUGAGGUGCUGAAGAACUUAGUUGAGAAGUGCUCCAAAAUACACACACUGAGGAUAUCCAGUGAACUUCUGAAGUUGAAGAAGUUUGCAGAAGCAGUGUCGCAGUUUCAGCACCUCCAUGUGCUGGAACUGCAAGAACACUUUAUGAGGAACCGUCUUCUGCUGCGACCUUUGGGUGAUGGGUGCCCACAGUUAACUGCGGUGCAUUUCGGAUUCAUGACUGUUGAUCUGGAUGAUCUGAGAUAUUUUCUGAAUGCCAAAAGGAACAGCCUUAAGUCCAUAUCCAUAAACUGGACAAUGGAAGAAAGGUGUGUCCUUCCAUUACUGUCAGUCUGUGCUGACAGCUUGGAACGUUUGGAACUUUCUGAGUACAACGUAGAUGAGGAAGAAGCAGUGGAAGCAUUCACUGCCCUGGGAACCUUGAAGAACUUGCAGGAGCUCAGGACGUCAAUCUUCUAUCCAACACCACCUGGCACAGCUCCUCUGGCAUUCGAGACUGGAGGGCUGCCAAAACUGAGAGUGCUGGAUUUGCGAAAUGGGUUCGGGCUGGACGAUGAGACAGUGAUUGCUGCCUGUCGUGGGUGCCCCGCUUUGAGGGAACUUGAUGUCGGAAACGCCGAGCUGCUAUCUGACGCUGCCUUCUCUGAGAUCUAUCGGCUGCAACAUCUUGAAAUACUGGAUGUGUCAGGUUGCGAAGGUCUCGGUGGAGCUCUGAUACCCUGCCUUGCCAGGCUUCCACGACUUCACACGUUGGUGAUGGAAUACAUGGAGUUUCCAAUGUUGCAGCCAGGUCUGAGCAGUAUCCUCCAGUUGUCUAGUAUCCGCUGCCUGACGCUCAAUAAUUCGUCUCUUACUGGAAUGCCGUUUGAUAAGUUUGCGGGCAAGCUAGUGAAUCUCAGGGAGCUGUAUGUCUACUCAUGCAUAGGGGACAGUGAAGCGCAGCAUAUACUGAAAGAGCAGAUGCCCAGCCUGAAAAUCUACGGCACCAUUAAAGAGCACGAACCACCUGAGAUUGAGGAUGAACUGGAGGGUGAUAUAGAUUAUGUGGAAGCAGAAUAUGACGAAGAUGACUCGGAUGGAGCACAGUAUGACAGUUCAGAGAGUGAGGAAGACAGUGUUGGCUAAGUGUCAAUGUGACAUAUUUGUUGCCUUUUCAGAGGAAAAAAAUUAGUGAAAUAGUAUCUACAGGGAACUAUAACAGUCGCUGAUUGUCAGAUCUUAGUUGGAACUGAAAAUGAAUCAAAAUUUAAUAUUCUUCAAGUUCUGUUACUGACCUAUGUAUUGUCCUGGACAACAGUAUGGCAUGCAGAUAAAAGUUGUGUAGUUUUAUAACAUUAUUUUUAAAUUUG